AUGAGAGUCCUUCCAGGACUUUAUGUCGGAAAUUACAGAGAUUCAAAGGAUGCAGCCCAAUUAGACAAAUAUCGGAUCACACAUAUAGUUGCAAUACACGAUACAGCACGGAGAUUGCAUUCGGACAAGCAUUAUUUAUGUGUACUGGCAUCAGACACACCCGAGCAAAAUUUAACACAAUAUUUUCCAUUAUGCAACGACUUUAUCCAUGCAGCUCGUUUACGUGAUGGAAAUGUUCUUAUACAUUGUCUUGCUGGUAUGUCACGCAGUGUAACAGUGGCUGUUGCAUACAUAAUGUCCGUAACAUCGUUGUCAUGGAAAGAAGCAUUAAAAGUGGUACGUGCAGGACGUGCAGUUGCAAAUCCAAACUUAGGUUUCCAACGUCAAUUACAAGAUUUUGAAUCAAAUCGUUUAUUUGACGAACGUCGUCGUUUAAAAGAACGGUUUCCCAGUUUGGCAUUAGUUGCAAACGAUGAAGAACAAUGUUCAAUUAUGCUAGAUUCAUAUGAUCGUUUAUUGUUAGCACGUACCAUAUGUGAAGGUAAAUGUCCACUUGGUGUUCCAUGUCCAACGGGCGUAUGUCGUGGUCGUGGUCGGUCUACAUCAACUACAUCAUCCAGUCAGCGACGUCGCAAAAGCAAUCAACGGGGUACUUCAGCAGAUAUCUCACGAAGUCCAAGUAUUUGUAGUACGUCCUCAGUCAAUCGACCAAGAUCAAGUCCUGCAGGAUUUCAUUCUUACACAGGGUCAGCACCACCAUCACGAUCUUCGUCACGUGUCGAGUUACACAUGGCUGGAUGCUCAGCACCAUGUACACCACAACCAAGUCCACCCGUAUCACCUCAACAUUUCCCACGCCGCAGUGAAGCCCUCCAACGAGUAAAUAGUGCAUCGAAUACGUAGCGAUUACUAAAAACAGCUGAGGCUGUUUUAUAUGAGGAAAAUGAAUUCAAGUAAUUUAUCUAAAUACACCAAAACAAAAUUAUUAUAU